CACCAGUGCGGUUGCUGCGACGCAACCAGCCAGGUCUUUCACGGGCGGUUGGACACUAGACACCACAGGUGUAGUAACCUCAAGUUCCAGGAUACAGCUGGACGCAACCAAGAGCUGCAGCUUCCAUGUUGGAAAGAUGCUGGGAAGUAAUAAGGGUGCUGCUGAUCUCACAAGAAACUUGAAGAGGAAUGAAAGAACUGGUCAUCUCAAAAGAAGCCCGGCCAAAAAAAAUAGAAUUUGCGAUGGAGGAGAACCAACUGAGUUAUUGAUUUCAGGCGACUUGCUCCGGAACUCAAAUCAAGGUGUCCCCAGUGAGAUCAACAAACAAAUUGCAUCAAAUUUGUCAAAAAGUGUUGUUUCAGUUGCUCUGUUUAAUGGAGAAACACUGUUACUUGCAUUAUCGGGCAUACCUGUACAACGUCUGGGGAAUGUUACAAGGUUUCUGACCUCAGCAAGCUUGGCUAAAGCUUUCAACGAUGGAAGAAAAGUCUAUCCGGAUUUGAAGGUGGUAGUGCGCCAUGAAAACAAAGUCGUCCCUGGGUUUUUGGACAAACAUGAUCCACAUCUCAACAUUGCUGCUGUGAACGUCAUGGACUUGUCUGAUCUUCACACCGUACUCCUGAGUCGUGAUCUGAAAUUUCCGCCCCAUAAGAAAGUAGUAGCUGUAGGCUGUGAUGUCAGUGGGAACUUAAUAUCCACACAGGGGAUACUGAAUGAAGGUUCAUGCGGAUCUCGGUAUAUGUCGUCCACUUGUAAAAUCUCUGAGGUUUACGAAGGUGGGCCACUUUUUGAUUUUGAUGGGAACUUGGUUGGCAUAAACCUUUCUUUGGAUAAGGAAACAACCCUUUACCUGCCAAUGAUCGUAGCUCUUAUAUGGCUCGAUCGUUGUGGAUCCCUGGAAAAUACUAAAUUUCCAGUCAGAGAUGGUCUCAGCAUGUAUCAGGUUGAGGAUCUAGAAUCCUUGGGUUAUCCCAAGCCUAAAUAUUAUGGCAUGAUUUUGGUAAAUACCUUUGAAGAGCCUUUUGGCAAUAAAUGUGGUGAAGGUGUCUGGAGAAAACUAAGUGAAACAACUUCAGACAUAUUAAAGAGAAAUGUUGUUGCACUUGCUUCAUUCCGUGGAAAGGAAAGGUUUUUUGCAUGCACUGGUCUGUUUAUUGAAUGGAAUGGGCGUGCAAUAAUCUUGACUUCAGCGAGCUUGCUUAGAGAAUCUGGUUAUAAAGAUCAGAAGAUUGUUACAAACUUGAGGAUUGAAGUGUUGCUUCCAAACAAAAACUGCACAGAAGGGAAAUUAGAAUAUGUUAAUUUGCAUUACAAUGUCGCUCUGGUCAGCGUCAAGGAUUUUAGUGCUUGCCAACCAGUAAAAGUUGAAGAGCGGUGGCCUGGUUCUGGUGAAGUACUAGCUUUAGGGCGCUACUUCAGUUCGGGCAUACUGAUGGCUGCAAAAGGGCAAAGGUAUUCUAGGCCGGGGGGCAGUUUUGAUUGCAAAUAUCUUGGAUACUCUACUUGCAAAAUCACUAAGGCUGGGAUUGGAGGUCCCCUUCUUGAUUAUGAUGGGAAAUUUGUUGGCAUGAACUUCUAUGACAAGUACGUAGGUCACACACCAUACCUGUCAUGGUGUGAGAUUCUCCCUCUCCUGGAAUAUUUCAAGACAAAAGGGGCUGUUGCUGAAGGCGAUUAUUGUGGUAAUCCAUCUGAUAAGCCUGACUGGGCCAAGGAAGGAGAUAACAGUGUUUUCUGUAAUAGCUGGCAUGUACCAAGUCCAUGUUGGUAUGAUCCUGAAGUUCUGGAAAAGGUCGAGAAUGAAGCUCAAUCAAGAGUCCCGCGCUAUCUGAUUGAAUUGGAGUGGGAUUCUGAUUCUGAUUCUGAUUCUGAAUGAUGUUGACUGAAGCCCCCCACGUUAUCCACUGUCUGAGUUCUGUAGUAUUAUGUGCAUUGUGCUUGUCUUCUUAAUUUGUGAGUCUGACUUGGCCAGUACUUGGGUUGUGCCACUUGUUUGUUUUUGCUGUGCCUUCUUUGAUGGUUGUAAUGCCCCGACGGUGGUACUAAUGCUUUGUGCAUACUACCGUGCAUACGUCCAAUAAUGGCGAAUGAAAUAAUAAGCAAUGGAGUGUAUUGCCAAA